AUGGCUUUUCAAGAUCCUUACGAGUUGCAAAUGAAUCAGAUUCCGAUGCAUAACACUUAUCACGAUCAGAAAAAUUAUAACGGGUUGCAUUACCAGGACCAGUGUGCCAGGCCACCUCACCUGAUGCAAAGGCAAGAACCGGGCAGUGGAGGCUUUUAUCCGAAGUACCAAAGCAGUCCCCACCUAGCUCCUGUGCCUUACCACGUACCACCGCCAUAUAAUUUGUAUAAGUCGGGCCCAUACAUGGAUGAUGGCAUGAUGUACAUGGAUGCCUUAGAGACAUCAUCCUACCUUCCUAAUUUUAGCCGUCACCACCCAUCUUGCUCCUAUAGCGAUCAAUACUCCAACUUUCCUAAUGCCGAGAGUUUUAUUAAGUACCAUGAUCAUCUGGGGGAUUAUAGUAAUGGCAGAUUAAAAUCUUCUAGCGUUCAAGCGCACGCGAGGUGGCCGAGUGACGUGAAUUCAGAGGUGGACGGAUUUAUCCGUCGGCGUCCACCCAGGAGCAGUUUGGCUUCAGGUGGGAGAAUUUGCCGUCCGAUAGGCUGUGGUGCUCCGUUUUUCACAUGCAACAAUUGUUUCGAGCUAUUGCUUUUGCCUAAGAAUGUCCGUGUGGAUGAUAAUAACGGCAGAAGGAAGAAAGUGACCUGCGGGUCAUGCUCUGCAGUUGUUGUUUUUACAGUUACCAACAAUAAGUUAGUUUUUUCGUCCAUCGUUCAGCCUGAGGAUAGUUAUAAUAGUUACGUAAAAGUUGAAAAUUCGGUAAAGACAACUUUCUUGUCGAAUGAUUACGAAAAUUCAAGUUACGAUGGAUCCUCGAACAAAUCCGGUGAGAUAAAGAGGCGCAUUUCUAAUUCUGCAUGCAUGUCUGAGGUGCAGGAGGAUAAUGGGGGUUCUGUGUCAAAAGACGAAAAGGGCCCCGUAGGCUUGUCUCUUCAGGACCAUUUUGAGUAUUCAAAUAAGUUUCAUAGGGGCAUGCGUUUUGGGGAGGAAAGCAAAAGCAGAUUUCCUGAAAUGGGCAAUGUGAUUUUAAAUGAGAAUGUUAAUACUAACAAGCAGAUUACGAGGAAAGAGUCAUCGGCAACUGAAAUUGAGUUGUCAUCCAACGAGUACUCAAAUACAGGAACAACUUUUGAUUCGGGUGAAGCAAGUAAUGAAGGAGAUCGUCUGAAAGGGAGUGAUACAGCCAAGAUGUUAUUAACUGGCAUCGGGGUUAGUGAUUCCAACAG